AUGGGGGAGAACGCCACAGCCAAAAAUAUUCCGAUCUCUAUCAACCCACGGCCGCAGAUGACAACAGGAGGGGCCGAACCCACGCCAGAAAGACGUCCGCCAACCCCGGCACCGGAGCCUUCAACUUCAAAGGGACCCGGCGGGAGGCAAGAGUCUACCUCUCCCAGGAGGGGCAAUCGGAGGUCGAAGCAUCGCACUCCGCCCUGGCUCAGGGACAUCCGUCGCCUCCAGAGGACCACGCGGCCCCUCAUUCCGCGGCUGUCAUUUGCGCGGGUGGUGAGGGAGAUACUGCAGGGUUUGGCCCCCAGUCACUCCGACCGCUACUACAUGCAGAGGCUCGCCUUGCCGGUGCUACAGGACGCGUCGGAGCAGUUCGUGACUAACUUCCUGUCUGCGAGUUACCUGUGUUCCCUCCACGCCAAGAGACAGACCCUGAGGAGGGAGGACAUAAUUUCCCUCCAAAACCUCCUCAAGACCUUUGGCGGGAGCCUCGCCCCGGCCUUCUGAAGUCGCCCGGUUCCUUCAUACGCCGACAGUGCUGUGUACAUAGCUUAAUUUUUUUUGGGGGUCAGUUCCACCCGUUAUUGUGUUAUUUUUAUAUAUUGCC